AUUACAACUAACUGGCACGUUACGUGUAACUUGGUGUUUGGUGGGUAAAGACAAUAUUUCCGACAUUGGUCGAAUAUUGUAAAGUAGAUGCUUAAUUCAUAUUAUUUAGCCAAUUUGUUUAAGCAGCAAUAUUGGUUCAACAUUAGACCAAUAUUGAACCAAUUAAUUUUUCAUAUUAGACAUUAAUUACAUUUUAAUUUGGAACCAAUAUUUUAUGAUCAAUAUUGGCGUUACAUUAAAUAAACAUUGGCCCAAUGCACUUCCAAUAUUAGCCUAAUGUAUUGUCACUGUAUUGUGCCACUAGGGGAGGAUCACAAAGUUAUUUGUUGAAAUUUCGGGAUUCACCGGAAGCUCAGGUUAAAUUGAGUUACGAAUGACAAUUAGGCGCGAAGUGGGACAUGGGAGGACGAGUUGACGGCGGCGUGGCGCGGCGGUACGACGAGGGUCAGUAGUCGAGCCCCGUCGUUGCGCCGCCCUUGCGCGCGGACUACGUGCCGGCACGUGCGCGUUACGCCGCGGCGCGCGUGCUACCCUUCCGCUCCUACCACAGAUCCGCUGGCCGCGUCGCAGGACGAGGCCCGCCUCGCUGCUCUGUCGCGGAGUCAAUGCCGCCGCCGUCGGCUCCGUCUCGCCCCGUGACCGGCUGUCAGCAGUGAACGAACGACGAGCAACGCGACGCCGAUUCGCCUCUUACGCCGUCGCCUUACGUAUACGCGAGAGGGUAGAGAGGACCGGGCGCGCGUUGCGUUACGCGCCUGGAACGAAAGCGCGGAGAUCGGAGCGAAAUCAAUCCACACGGACGCGGCGCCGCGCGCGAUAACGGCCGGGAAGGCCACGUGUCGUUUGCAUGCGCAACGUAACGUACGUUAUCGCGUUGCCGUUAUCGCGCGACGAGUGAGCGUGCGGCACGGUCCCGUCCGCUCGCUCGCUCGCUCGCUCGCUCGAGGCUCGAGCGAGCCGCGAAUCGAUGCCGCCGCGCCGCGAGUCGGAGCCUCGAGCGCCGAGCGGCUAACACGCGACCGCAUCGUCCGCUUCAACGGAGCGACGACGGACGGCCGAGUGCACCACGAGGAUCUUGGACGUGUUCCUGGAGCGCCCGCCGCCGCGGAACCAUUUUUCAUUCCUCUUGCAACAGGGCGAAAGUAGACGGCAAUCGACGCAAGGCCCUACUGACGCAAGCUGGAGAAUUGCGCAAUCUUGGUGACCUGGGCAUGGUUUUAGUUGUGACGGCGGGGCGAUGACGCUCAAUCACCGUCCGCCGUCAUCAGCAGGAGUCCCUCAGGACUCACCCAGCUUCCUGCUCCCGGCCUCGAUUCCGACGCCGGACGAUUGCCGCUAUUCGGCGGGGAACAACGUAAAAACACGCGUGACUGUUGCAGCCGGGAGAAGAUAUGAGAGACCGCUCUCAUUACGGAGAUCACGGAAACGCCAUGCCACUCGAAGAGACUCAAGGGCUGUUACUUCCACCCUCCAGAAUAGGUAACCGGGGACCUUUGAAUGUAACGAUUGUACAGGUAGGCAGAGGAAAUGGAGGAAGUGGAGAUGGCGGAAGUGAUUUACUGAGAUUGGAGCCGCCAUCGGAUUUAAGACCGGCUCCGUCGCCCUUAUCUGAUACCAGUGCUACUUUGCAGUCUGACAACAAUGACACUUUGGUUGGAGGAGUCGACCCAAAGCUAUUGCUGGGAACCGGUGGUGAUCGCGCUUGGGAAGGUCGCUACCGCGUCAAGGAACAUCGACGUGCCGGGAAAGCCACCUUCCAGGGUCAAGUUUACAACUUCCUGGAGCGUCCCACUGGCUGGAAGUGCUUCCUGUAUCAUUUCUCUGUGCAUCCGCAGCGGCACUUACCCCUCUCCUCCCUGGAAAAGGACAGGACAUAUGCACAAUUGCCCGGAUGGCAAAGAAAUUCGUAGGGAGAGUAAGAAGGGAUAUUUGCUCCUCUUCUUGUAAAAAAUUUGCAAAUACCCUUGCGCAUUAUAUCUUAUCUAUAUAUAUAACUACCGGGAUGUAUUUUUGUUUGUUCGCGAACUACUCCGUCAUUUGUAGUCCGAUCCUCUUGCAACUAGUCAUAAAAUUAAAAAAAAUUUUAAAGGAGUGCUCUUAUAAACUUGGUUUUUCGAAAUACAGAUUGUUUCAAAAAGGAUUUAUAAAAAUAUAAAUAACGGCCAACAUUUUUUAAAAACCCUGUAAAUUCAAGCGAAAAUAUUUGAUAUUAAAUUGUACAUUUAUAAAAAUUUGGAAAUUCGAAAUACAGGGUGUUUCAAAAAGAUUUUUUUUACCAAAAGUAACGGCCAACAUUAAAACGUUUUAGAAAAAACCUGUACAUCAAAAAAUCAAGUCCAUAGGAGUACUCCUUGAAAAAUUUGGAAUAUAGGUUGUUUCAAAAAAAGAUUAUGUGAGUGUAUGUGAAGCAAGAGCUUUGAGCCCGCGCGAAGCGUACAUGUAAGUACCGAGUCUGUAUGUCUGUAUGUUCGCGAAAUACUCCGUCAUUUGUGAUCCAAUCCUCUUGCAACUGGUCUCACAAUUUUCGAAAUUUUUCAAGAACGGCUGUCAUGGACUCGGAUUUUUAAUAUACAGGUUGUUUCAAAAAAGGAUUUUUUCCAAAAGUUACGGCCAUCAUUUCUGAAACACUCUAUAUUUUCGCGCAAGUAUUUUUGGUCCAGAUUUGUAAAUUUUUAAAAAUAUGUUCUGUAGCAAGUAGGUAGACCUAGAAAUGACUAUGUAGUAUCGGAUGUCUAUAUGUCUGUAUGUCCGCGAACUAUGUCCGAGGCAGCCGCUCACAGGGAAAGGGAAUAUCUCUUUUUUAGUAUACAUUUUUUAGUAUACAUCACUGCGAAUUUUUGCUGUCUUUUUUUAAAAUCUUUUUUUUUUAUACGCGAUUCAUUCUUGUAUGAAAAUUUAAGUAAUUUGUAUAAUUUUUUUGCGAUGAAUUUUAUCGUAGCAAAAGUAUUCACAGAAUUUUGUCGAUACAUUUAACGCGAUACGUUGCAAUUGGAGAUAUACACGUCGCUCAUAAACCCAGGCAAAGGAAUGGAAAUAGGAUCUUGCUGAGAACGCGUGACGGCGAAGAGCGCUAAUAAACGAGUUGCUUCGCCUUGUGAUCGCUCGCGGUAACGAACAAACCUAACUGUAAUCUUCUAUGCACGAAACCCACAAAUUCCGCAUUGCAGUGGAGUAUUGUUAUAUUUAGCCUGUGCAACAUCGACGGAUGUCAUUAAUUGUUACGACCUUUCCCAUGCAGUCGUCACCGUUCUAUUUUUCAAUAACUCGACUAGAUAUGCUUCCAUGCCGUGAAAAUAGUCGGAUACAUUUCGGAAGGCUGAUUCCGAUUAUUAUUAGACCAAUGAAAUAUUCAACCAAAUCUUAUUAGGAACGAAGAUUGCUUGUUUCUUCCAAAACGGAAUUGGCAAUAAAGCGCAAAAUGAAGUAAGACUGUGGUUUUAUGUGACUAAAAACAAAGCAAAAACGGAUCUUUGCCUUUGUGCAAAUAAACCUUCUCUUCUGGAAUAAAAAUGCAAUUGUUUCGAUCCAGUUCUUUAAAUAGUUUGUCAUUUUAUUAAGCUGAAAGCAAAACUUGGUUCUGAGAGGCAAGUUUUUUUAAUUAAAGUAAUAAUUGUAUAUACAUCGAAAAAACUUAAUCAUAAUCUUUCCAUGAUAAGGCGAUUUUCGGGAAUUAAUAAAAUUAUGAAACUUUAAAAUAUACAUAGAAGAUAUUCUGAGAUCUUUUUAUUGUUCAAAAUUAUUCUGAAGAAGUAAAAUCAAUACCUAAAAAUGUGUCCAUUUUUUGUUUUUAUUAUACAUCAAAAAGAAAUAAAAUAAAAUUUUAUAAAUUACUAAAAUUCCCUUUUAAUGAGAUUUAUCGGUUAGAAAACUCAUUAAAACGUUUUUAUUAAAUAAUAAAACAAAAGCAAAAAAUAGUCCAAUGUUCAAGGAAUUAAUUUUACUUUUUCACAGUAAAUUUGGAUGACAGCAAAAGAAAAAUAGUUUGUUACAUAAGAAAUACUAUUUAUGAUGUAAAAAUUUUAUAAUUUAUUGAAUGUCCAAGUUGAAAAACGUCUUGUCAAUAAGACUUUUUAAAUUUUCUUUAUUGACAUAAUUUACAGUAACUUUAUAUUUGGUUUAAAAGACAAAAAAAUAUGUAGAUAUUAUAACCUAAUGAAAAAUAAAAUUUAAAAAUUUGCAUAAUACUUUGUGUGUCGUGUAUAUUUAACGUUGUCAAUAUUUGCAUAACAUUGACAUUAACGUUCGGUUUGCUCAAGUAUCUUUCGCGGUUAUCUUACAGACACAACUAGAGAGAAAUAUAUUUUCGUUGAAUCUCCGAUGAACCUUUGUGACUAUUUUACGAGAAAUAUUUAUGCAAACCAAGUAUAAAAAUAUCAUUCUAGUGCUAAGAAGAAAUGGAAUUAUUUAAUUUUAAUUUUUUUUAAAUAAUAAUUCUUUGCAAAAGAUGUUUUCUUGAUAACAGUUUUAAAAUACAUUAAUUAUUUAUUAAGUUACUAUUUAAAGAACUGGAUCGAAACAAUUGCAUUUUUAUUCCAGAAGAGAAGGUUUAUUUGCACAAAAGUAAAGAUCCGUUUUUGCUUUGUUUUUAGUCACGUAAAACCACAGUCUUACUUCAUUUUGCGCUUUAUUGCCAAUUCCGUUUUGGAAGAAACAAGCAAUCUUCGUUCCUAAUAAGAUUUGGUUGAAUAUUUCAUUGGUCUAAUAAUAAUAUGUUUGAUGUUAUAUGAUUCAUUUAAUAUAUUUGAAUAUUAUAGAGGUAAAGAUCGCAUUAUCCUAUGUCAAUGCAUAACAGCCGGCAUUUGUUAUGAGGCAUUUUAAUUUUUUUUGAGCAUUUUAAAAUCUUUUAAAUUACAUUUUAGCAUUUAAUUACACAUACUUUUUUUUUUACUUGAGCAUAUUAUAACAUGAAUAUGUGUAUAUUUAAGUGUUUUUUUGUUAUUCAUUUAAUACUCGAUUGUACAUAUUUCGAGUUAUGUAAUAUUAAGCAAUAACAUGUAAUUUUACUAAUACAGAUUUUUAAAGAGUUUGGCUUUAUACCACAGCUAAAAGUUAUUAAAAUUAAAAAAUUCGAAUUUUUUAGGUUUUUUCCUAAUCAAACAAAAAAAUUUUAAGUUGUAAUUAUUUGAAUUUUGGGUGUCCUGAAACCAAGUGUAGAAAAGAAAACAAAAAA